AUGACGGUGGGAGCCAGGCUCCGGAGCAAGGUGGCGAGCGGCCUCCCGCGCCGCGGGGCCCGGGGGCGGGGGCGGCGGGCGGGGGACGAGGAGGCCAACGCCAUCCUGGAGCACCUGGAGCUGGACGACGCGGCGGCCGAGGGCGCGGCCGGCGCGGGGCGCCCGGGGGCCCGGAGCGCGCGGCGGGUGCACCUGGCCGCCCUGCCCGAGCACUACGAGCCGCUGGAGGAGCCGGCGCCCGGCGACAAGCCCAAGAAGAAGCACCGGCAGAAGCUGAAGAAGUACGGCAAGAAUGUUGGCAAGGUGAUCACCAAAGGAUGCCACUACCUGAUCCUCGGCCUGCAGGGCUUUGCAGCGGCCUACUCCGCCCCUUUCGGAGUGGCCACCAGCGUGGUGUCAUUUGUCCGCUAGGGGGAGCUGCUGGGGGCCAGACGCCUUCAGAGCGAUGGAUGGAGGCCUCCAUCUGGGCGUCGUGCGAAUGCAGAAGCAUCUCCGACUUGAAGCCAUAUAGCACUUGGAAGAAAAAAGUCUUUCUCGCUGAAUCAGAUGAGUGUUGGGAAUGGGACACCUCCGCCCAAAUGCUGAGCUUUCCAUGUCGCUUGGACACGGGUGGCUCCGCUGGACAAUCCCGCAGAGAAUUCGGCUCGUGUUAGGUUUGGGAUCAGAGUGAAGUCUGCUCACCCUGGACUCUUCUGGGAAGGAGGCAGCCCUUGACCGGUGCGCUCUGGUGGGCAGCACAGUGGUGGGCGGGGGAUUUACACCUGGAGGGAGGUCAUUUGCUGUGUUGUGCUGGGAAGGUCGCAGGCUCACAGGUGCUCACGGCCCUCAGCACCCAGUUCUGAGGGCACCAGAGGAACAGUUUGCUUAUUAAGACAUGUCCCCCAUCUCCCUCCACCCGUUGUCACCAGGAGUUUAAUUACAGGCUUGGGAAGAAGGAAGGAAGAGAAAUCUCUUUGAAGACUAUGGCACUUUGAUACGGUGUUGACAAUGUGUCGUGACUGUUUAAAGUAGAUAAAAGCUUGUCACUGUCAGAGUGACAGGAAUGUGCAGAGGGGUGAGGGGAGGAAGACGGGAAAGUUCAGGAACAGGCUUCGAGGUGGCAAGGUUGGUGAGGCAGAGCUCCUGGGGGCUGAUGUGCCCACAUGUUGGGGGCCGCCGGGCUCGCCUGCUCACGUGUGGCCGAUGUCAGGGACCUCCUGACUCGGUUCCCAGCAGCAUCGGCUCAGCCUCUCUGUGCCAAGCCAUCGAAGGGAGCUUUGCUUUGGGAGCAAGGGAGAUACUACAUCUGGAAAUGGACGUGCGUGAUUUAGAGAAGGAACCAGAACGUGGGAGACUGAUAUGAAGGAAGUAGAGACGAGGCAAGAAGGGCGUUGGACGAGAAGUGGAGAUACAGGACCCAGACCUGGGUUAUCAGCUCCGGGAAGGAGUCCGGGGAAGCUUGUCGUGAGCUCACAUUGUCUGCCUUGGUAGCUCCCUUUCCUCUGUGCUGCUCACACUGACCACAGCUCACCUGGAUUCACAGGUUAGGGUGAGCGUGGUAGGGACACACCCCCAGGAUGACCCAUUAAUUGACUUGCGAUCACUGCAACAGGGAGGUAGAAGAAAUAGGAGGUUCCUCAUCCCAGGCCCUCUGCCAACCCCCACGACUGGCCACUGUCCUGACUUUGUUUCCAGAAUCUCCCCAAGUCCAAAACAGUGACUGCUGCUCAGUCUGUAGGGUCAGUGGCAACACCGACUCGUUGCCCCUAGAAGUUUCCAGGCCAUGCAAAGGAGGCCUCGGUGCUCUUGUCUCACCAGGGAAGCCCGGUCAGGGGCAUUGGGGAGCAGAGAAAGCGGGAGGACAGA